CAUUACCAAAAGAAAAAAAAGCAAACGAAUUUUCAAAUCUUCUCCUCUCUCUCUCUCUCUCUGUUUUCUUCGUAGAUCCCUUUGUUUCCCUCUCUGUCUUUUGGAUCGAAAGAAAUGGGUGAUAACGCCAUCUCAGGCCAUCUCAAGAAUCUAAAGAUCGACACAGGACGUUCAGAGACUCUCGUGGUCUGUUUUGGUGAAAUGUUGAUCGAUUUCGUGCCAACGGUGGGAGGUGUUUCUCUCGCUGAAGCACCAGCUUUCAAGAAAGCUCCAGGAGGUGCUCCUGCUAAUGUAGCUGUUGGUGUCUCUAGACUCGGUGGCUCCUCUGCUUUCAUUGGAAAGGUUGGUGAUGAUGAGUUUGGGAAAAUGUUAGCUGAGAUUCUAAGGCUCAACAACGUGGAUAACUCUGGGAUGAGAUUCGACCACAAAGCACGUACCGCUCUCGCCUUUGUCACGUUAAGAGCUGAUGGAGAGCGGGAGUUUCUGUUCUUCAGACACCCGAGUGCUGAUAUGCUUCUUUCCGAAGCUGAGCUUGACAAAAACUUAAUCCAAAAGGCCAAGAUCUUUCACUACGGAUCUAUCAGUUUGAUCAAGGAACCUUGCCGCUCCACUCAUCUUGCAGCUAUGAAAAUCGCUAAAGCCGCGGGGAGUCUCUUGUCAUAUGACCCGAACUUGAGGUUACCAUUGUGGCCAUCAGAGGAAGCUGCGAGGAAAGAGAUCAUGAGUAUCUGGGAACUAGCUGAUGUUAUAAAGAUCAGUGAGGACGAGAUUACAUUCUUGACUGGUGGCGAUGAUCCUUAUAGUGAUGAAGUUGUGUUGAAAAAGCUCUUUCAUCCAAAUCUGAAGCUUCUUGUUGUGUCAGAAGGACCUAAUGGGUGUAGAUACUACACUAAGGAGUUUAAAGGUAGAGUUGGUGGAGUAAAAGUGAAAGCGGUUGACACAACCGGUGCAGGAGAUGCAUUCGUGAGCGGUCUAUUGAACAGCUUAGCUUCUGAUCUCACUCUUCUCACUGAUGAGAAGAAGCUAAGAGAGGCACUUCUGUUCGCUAACGCUUGUGGAGCCAUCACAGUGACAGAGAGAGGAGCGAUUCCAGCAAUGCCCACCAUGGAUGCUGUUCAAGACCUUAUCAAAUCUUCUCGUUCCUAAAAAUGCUCAAAACUCUCUUUUGAGGGAAUCAAGAAUGCUGUGUUUUUUUUUCUUUUUCCCAAUUUGUAGGAACUCUGUUUUUUUUUCUUUCUUUUAGUGUGUUCAUCUCCUGCUGAGGAUAUUCUGGUUGUAAACUGCUUGCCGGUUUUUGUUUCGAGGAUGUUUUGGUUUUAAAACUGCUUCUUCCCUUUUACGCUGAGAAUGACACGCAGUCUAUUGGAUGUAAAAGAGAUCCAAUACUUAUCUCUAUCAAUGUUAAAUCCUUC